UCUGGAAAAACACAAGCACUGAGAUCGAGCCAAAUAGCAACUCGAGUACCGAAAAUGGAACUGGGCAAAGCGUUGACGCCAUCCUCUUCACCAUUGUUGUCAGCAGCAUCAUUGACCACACCAUCAACAUCAUCGUCUUCCUCCGCUUUCGUCUGCCGUCUGUGUGCCGGGACAAGCAAGGAGAGUUAUGACGCGGAUGUUCAGUUCGACAGGUCAAGAAGAAUAUAUUUUUGGAUAUCGAUAGUAUUUGAGAAGUUUUGAUCUUCUGCUCUUUCUGUUUCUUAUAUUAGAAAGGCUAGUAGUAGUCGUAGCGGUAGUAGGACUAGGAGCAGGAGUAGUGCUAGGAGUAGCAGAGGAGGAGUAGGAAUAGCAGUAGUAGUAGUCGCAGUCGUAGUCUUCUCUAGACUAAGACACAGACGGUCGCGAUUGUCGCAUGUGCAUGCCAGUGGCGGUGGUUGACGACGCGAAAAACAAACGGACAGCGGUUUUAGAUCGUGCCCACUGGCAUGAGUUCGCGGAGCUCGUUAUGAAGAGGAACAGAAAAGAAAAUGGUUACUUCUUCAGUUAAAGGACUUGUCUAGUUGUAUGAGCAGCAGUUGGUAAGUAGUACGGGCCUUUGCACUAACAAGGGACUGCUGUAGCACACUAAGAGUUUUGUGUUGACAGGGCGUGAGGUUAAAAGGGUAACCAUUUUCUCUCCUCCAUAGUCGCGGCAAGAUCGUUCAAGUGUGAAAAUUAUGGCUGGCUACCAAGUUCAAUUUCCACACACUCCUCCCCUGUGCAACACAGUUUUACUUACCCCUAGAAUGGGUAAACGACUACUACUACUACUACUCCUACUAGUAGCGCGCCACUUCACAGACAGCCCUGACUCAAAGUCGCAAUGGCUGAAUUUCCGGCUUCUACGGUGAAAUCAUUGUGGCUCUAAUACCAGACCGCGCAGAAAUAUGAGCUUCUAGUCCUCCUACUAUUCCACACGGGCAGCAACGCGAUUGACAUUCUGCGGGUACUCAUCCUGACUAGUAAAGCUUAAUACCUAUCUCAAUAACAAGACAUGAUUGUCCUAUGGCCUUCUUCUUAUAGACUUUCGCUUAUAGAAUAUCUAUCCGAAUCCCCUGCUUGAAGAAAGAGUCUCUAGGCUGCCAUAGCUUGACAAGCAAACGAACACGUUCAGGCCUCUCAGCAGCACGGGCAUCACCAGGGAAUAUACCUUGCGCGGUCCAAGCUAUGGCAUAGAUAACUAGAAGUCUUUUCUGCAUUGUGAGGUGGAGUGAUCCGUUACUCUCGUCCAAACUAGACCGUGCAAAACACUCCUCGAGGUCGAGAGUGUGAGCAUUUUUCAUACCAGACGCGGCAACCGAUUGCGCUUUGUACGCUUCCACAGUCGAUCUGUGACAAGGUUGCGAGUUGGAUGGACACUGGGCUAAAAGGUGAGGAAAAAGGGCACGAGAAACCUCUAUUUUUAUGCUACGUUCCCAAUGAGCUGGCGUAUCAUCUACACGACUGAAUGAUUGUCCAAAAAUCUGACUUGUUCACGAACAAGAAAGAGUAACAUGAUUGAUAUGCAAAAACAACAAUGGAUAAUGACAUAGAUUCAGAAUAAUGGAGCAAUUAGUUACUGUACUAGUACACACCUUUUCCAAUUUUUCCGGGUUAUUGUGGCAAGCAGCUUUCUACCGCAGCAGUGCGAGCAGCUUUCCGCCGUUGUCGUGGCGAUUUUCCACUCGAGCUCGAUGGCGUUUUGACGCCAAAUAGCGGUCGCCACUCUAUCGCCAGUGCGUUGCGCGCAAGUGGCAAUGCUGCGAAGAUCCCUGUGGCACUACGACACGCAGAGCACCCAAGCUCUCGCAGGUAUGGCAACGGACAUGGGAUGAGCCUCAGCGCCGCAAUGGCAGCUGCGACCGGCGCUCCAGCCCUCGACGCCGAGCCAGCGGCGAACCGGGGGAAGCAACUGCCUGCCCAGAAGACAAGGAAGACGAAAGCGACACCGGUAACAAUUUCCUCGACACCUGUUGUAGUACUAUAGUAUAAGUCGGCUGUAAGGCUGGUGAUAACUUUUGAUCAUAUGGAAGAAUACGGGUCGAUAAUAUACUUACUAGGUCGACAACAUUUUCAGCAUUGAUGGGAUUAAAUUUUCGGUGGAGAACAUAAGAAGAUCAACCUCCCUCCAGAAAUCGGCGAAGGACAAGGCACCCGACAAAGAGGUUUUCGUGUACUGUGCUGCUUGCGCUUGUGAUGUGGCUCGAGUGCGGACGCGCCGCGUGACAAGAAAUGGAAAGCAACAGGCUAGGUGAUUUAAGUUUUUGUUCGUUGUGGGUCCUAGUUUUGUCUUGUUCCUUCAUCGUUGGAUUAAAGUCGUGGUAACCUCUUUUACCUCGUACACUCCGCCCACUUCACAGGUUAUAUCAGAUGGAGCACUUAGCAUGCAGCGCAGUGCCCGAUAUCAGCGAGCUCCCCAAGCCGGGAGACCUACGCCUUAAUUAUGACUUAUAAGCUUCGUUCGUCGAUAUAAUAGGGGAAAAAGUGAAGUAAACAUGUAAGCGCAACCGAAAGAAAUGCUAGUUCAACACGAUGUUGUAGUUAGUAGAGUUAUGCGCAGGCUCGAUCGCACGAGGUGCUAAUUCAACACGACUUAAUUAGAGUUACUUUUAUUGGGACGGGAGCGACAGACACAGAGUUAGUGUUUGUGUCUCGACUCCCUUACUUGACCUAGCUUUUUCGCACCUGCCAUAAGAAAGGCAUGCAGACUACCUGGAAAGUUGCUUGGCCGCAGGUACGAAAAUGGGCUGAGCAGGUAGCAGGGAUUCAUACAGACAAGGCAGAACACUGUGGCGGAAAGGUAAUUCCUAAGCACCUCUGAUUUGAGUGAUUCAAUUCCCUUUUCUUGAUUCUAGACGUAACCUCCAAGUACCUUCUAUCUUUGACUUUGACUUCGUUCUACCUCCUACGCUUGGUCAACUAACAUCGCCCGUAGUGGCAUUUGCGUUCUCUCUCCUGCCUCCAGGUUUCUGCUAUACAACGUCCGCCCAUCAUGAAGGAGUCGAAUGUGAAGAAACCGGGUGCCCAGAAGGCGGUGGAGAAUGAUCCGUCUGCCGGAAAACGAGUUGCCGAGAAUAAACCCAAGGUGAAAAAUUAGGGACUUCGAAUUUCUUGUAUGUCGUCAUGACUGAUCUCCGCCGAGCAGUUUUGGGGUAGUUUAUUGCCGAUUCUAGUGUACUUGGCAUUAUUUCUCUAAAAAAUACACGUUGUCGCGAAGGAGGCUAUGAAAAGCGAGGCCAUGAAGAAGGUAGCCAUGAAGAAGGAGGUCGUGAAAAAAGCGGUCAUGAAGAAACUGACCAUGAAGAAGGUAGCCAUGAAGAAGGAGGCUAUGAAAAGCGAGGCUAUGAAGAAGGUAGCCGUGAUGAAAGUGCAGGUGAGCAAGACAACGGCUAUGAAAAAAGCAGCUGCGACAUGAAAGUCACAUUGGUGAAUCUCGUUGCGCGAUUCCUAGCAUAGUGGACCAAAAAUUCUAAGAAAUACGUCGAAGAAAGAUCGUGUCUUGAAAAACUUAAUGAUUGAGGUCGGGAGUAUCGGAUAUCACUAAAUGUACAAGGAGAAGGAAGAGUGAUGAACACACUUUUAUCUGUUAGACGUUGGUGAACAUACAAUGUGAGCAUGUGGUUUAGAAAAACAUGAAAAUGAAUAUGGCAGCGGUUUUGUCAACCCGCAGUACGUAGGUCCGUCACGAUAGGACUGAUUGUUACCCACUAGCCAUGAAUAUAGAACUCAACGUUACCACAGCAUAAGUGACAGGGGAGGUAACGUUGAGUUCUAUAUUCAUGGGAGGUCGUUAUGUUGAUAUUAGAAUGUACACUAAUAAAUUUGUGGAUCUCGUCGACACACCAUAGCUACAGCGAGUCGCGGCAUGAUCAAGACUGACCAUACAAUCUACUUUUUAGGAUGUUCUUAAACUCAAAAAACUGAAACUUUGAAUAUCUUCUACGAUUAGGGCUUGGGAGUUGACAUCUCUAUGCGCGUCUCUAUGGCUAUCUCAAGUAGGAAAGCCAUAGAAAUGCGAGCUAGAGAUGCCAACUUUCAACCUCUAAGACGAAAGACGCAAUGUAAAUACUUAGCUCCUCUGUAAAUUAUACUUUUCCCGCGCAAUAGCUAACAAGAUCAUGUGACUGACUAAAAAGUAUUCGGACGUGUCGUAUGAUUUUGUGUCUUCAUCACGACUUUUGACGCAUUAAUCUACUGAAUUCCGAGGUUCCCAAUUUCUUGCUGUAGGAAAUUAGAAGAAUGCUGGUCUUAUCGUUAGGUGUUUGCUGUAUCAAGAUGAAGAUGUAGACGUGGAUUCGGUAUUUGUUCUUUCGUUCUUUCGGAUCAUUUCACCUGUUCUUUGGUAUGUAUUUAAUUGUAAUAGUAGAUGCUCGAAGUUUUGAGAUGAUGACGUCGGAUGUAAAAAUAUUGAUCAUGGUUGGAUGUUGGUGGUCCUCUAAUUUUUACGCGCAUAUAGCCACACCACGUGUUGUAUCUCUCCAAGUUCUUACGCAAGUCGGGUUGUAGUUGUUCGAUCGAUGCGAAUAAUUGCUGACGACGAGAGAAAAUUUCCACUCUGACUUUCGCAACUCCUGUAGUCUUAAGCUUGACAUCGUCGAGUUCUUGGGGUCGAUAGCCUUUGUGAG